AUGGUCUUCCUCUUCCUCUUCCAGUCGUUCAUCGUCCAGUCGUUCCAGACCAACUACAGCUUUGGCGUCAUAGCAACCGGCCUCAUCCAACUCGCGCUCUCCGUCGGCACCCUCAUCGGCACCACCGUCAACCCGGUGCAAGACACGCUCUACCUCCGCUCCUCCAAGCGCAGCAGGCAUGAUCCAGGCCUGUCUAUCCUGGAAGCGCGCCUGUCCUCGUCGGUGCCGGGCUCGCUGUUCUUCACGGCGGGGGUUGUUCUGAUAUGGUGGGUGUCGCCAUCGUCGGGCCUGGGAAUUUACAGCAUCUACCUCGUCGUCGUCAACUACCUGGCCAAGACGCGCCGCAACACGUUCGGCGCCUUCCUGCCCCUGGCCAUCCAGAGCUUGUUUCGCGAUUUGGGGUUCCAGUGGGCUGACAGAUUGCUCGGAUUCGUCAGGCUGGCGUUGAGUGCGGCGCCGUUGGUCAUUUUGUGGAAGGGCGAGGAGAUUAGGAGGAGGAGUCUGCUUAUGUGCAAGGCGACGUUUGUCACGCAAGAAGAAGAGUGGGGCAAGUCAUUGCUUGGAGCGUGA